AUGUCAAAAUACACGAGCUUUCCAGAGCCAACGGAGGACCCAAACCCCUUCCAGGACCCGGCGGUGACUCAGCAUAGCAGCAACACAGGAUAUGCCACACUGGACCUUUACAACCCUUUUGACAACACUACUGGGCCUCCUCCACCGUAUGAAGCCACCUCUCCUUCUGCUCCAGCUGUUCCUGUGCAGACGCCACCCAGCAGAACAACACCCACCGAGCCUCGCAACUAUGGCUCCUACAACUCCCAGCCUGUGGUGAAUGCUACCACAGCUGAGCUCCUGAGGAAGCAGGAGGAGCUGGAGAAGAAGGCCCAGGAGCUGGAGAGAAGAGAGCGGGAGCUCGAGUCGCAUGGCCUCGGACCUGGAGCCUCACGUCAGAAUAACUGGCCCCCGCUGCCUUCCUUCUGCCCUGUUGGCCCCUGCUUCUAUCAGGACAUCAGUGUGGAGAUCAGCCAGCGCUUCCAGCGUACUGUCACCAUCAUGUACUACUUCUGGAUGUUCUGCACUGGCACGCUUCUGUUCAACCUGGUCUCCUCUCUGGCCAUGUUCUGUGUGGACAGCACCGGGGGCGUGGGCUUGGGCCUUGCAAUCCUUUGGGCGCUCCUCUUCACCCCCUGCUCUUUUGUCUGUUGGUAUCGUCCUGUCUACAAAGCCUUCAGGAGUGACAGCUCCUUCAACUUCUUCACCUUCUUCUUAAUUUUCUUUGCCCAAGUGGGUGUCUUUGUCAUCAUGACUAUUGGCAUCCCUGGGUGGGGUUUCAGUGGAUGGAUUGUGAGCCUUGCUGCUCUGAAGAGCAAUGUGGGUGUCGGUGCGAUCAUGAUGAUAAAUGCCAUCCUAUUUACUGCCCAGACUGCUAUGGGGGUGGUCAUGCUGAAGAAGAUCCACAGUCUGUACAGGCAAACCGAUGCCAGCUUUCAGAAGGCUCAGGCCGAGUUUGCCACCGGAGUCAUGUCUAAUCAGGCCGUACGCCAGGCAGCUGCCUCCGCUGCCCAGGGGGCCUUCACUGCACCCCGAUAAAGAGCGACCAACAGCGCUUGGAGAGUGAGGAGUGGAGGAUGAGCUUGAUGAAAAAUCUAUUAGUUGGGGGGGAAUUAUAUUAUACCUCCCUCUAAACUAAACUUAUGGACACAUGCAUGAAACAGAUGUGGUGGCUGUCUAAUUUCUGAACGUGUACAGGACAAACUAGCUACAUAGCCAAACCAAAUUAACAAAUCUGAAAGUUUAAGAAACCUAAAGAUGGUGUGAACUAUAAAAACAAAAGGCUGAAUGAAAUUUGAAGUCAGACCAGGUGUCUAAUGAUGCAGGGAAGAAGCUCUGUGCCAAGUAGGGUGAGACAAGCAUGGCUAUCCCCCGUCUUUAACUGACACGGGAUGUCAAUAGCCAAACUCCAGCAAAUCCUAAUACUCGCCGCACUCUGAGAUGUUGCCACUUUAACAUUUGAUCCUUAUCUGAGCGGCACUACUUUUUGUUGCUUAAGUGUAAGUUAACAUUUUGUUUGUUUGAAUGUUGUUGUUGUUUUUUGGGGGGAUUAUUAUUACAAAUGAGAAACCCCCUUUGCUGUAUUGCCAAAACCUCUCAUACUGUAAGGAUUAAGAACAUGUGUUCCCAGCACCUGUCACUGUUGCCUUGGUGCUGCUUGUGGUUGUUAUUAUCACUGUCUUGGUUUUAAUAAAAAAUAUAUUGUCAUGCUUUCACAA